AACACCCAGGGCGCACACAAAAUCUUCGUCGACACCCACGUACGGACAUAAGCUCUUCUCAAAAUUAAUCUUUUCAUUCUGAAAAGGAGGGAAGUUGUGAUAAAACUCGUAGUCACGGAUUCAGUGGGCGAGAAAGAGAGUGGCGGCCAUGGUGAUGGAGGUAGAAGGAGGAGAGAAGCUGGUAACACCAGGUGAAGUGCUGGGGAAGUCGUCGAGUCUAAUAGCUGGGAAGGGUACAUACGUUGCUCCCCACAAUCACAUCGUCUACGCUUCCCUCAAUGGAUGCCUUACCGUCGUCCCUCCUUCCCCUGAUUCAUCGGACGAGAGAUCAACUGUUGAGGUCACUGGUCACAAGGCCCAUGGUGCUGUCCCAGAACCCGGCUCCGUUGUCAUUGCACGCGUAACAAAAGUGAUGGCUAGAAUGGCUUCUGCCGACAUAAUGUGCGUUGGUGCCAAAUCCGUGAGAGAAAAGUUUACUGGCAUUAUUAGGCAACAGGAUGUUCGAGCAACAGAAAUUGACAAAGUAGACAUGCACUUGUGUUUUCGCCCAGGGGACAUUGUUAGAGCUCUAGUUCUGUCACUUGGAGAUGCACGGGCAUAUUAUCUUUCCACAGCCAAAAAUGAACUAGGUGUUGUGUCUGCUGAAAGCAUAGCAGGUGCAACCAUGGUUCCCAUCAGUUGGACAGAAAUGCAAUGCCCAUUGACAGGUCAAACUGAACAAAGAAAGGUGGCUAAGGUUGAGGUUGACAAGACCAAAUAAGGGUUGUAAUGCAGGUGGUGCGAUGAUAUACAUUCUUCGUUCACCCAUUUUAAUGAUAAUGAUAGGGAUUCAAAAGGCUGAAAUUUUGGUGGUUCUAAUUGCUGUUUUAUCUUUUGAUAUAUAUUUCUCUGCUUCCUGAGUAUUGUUUUGCAAAAUACAUCUCUGUCAUUGCUUUGCCCAUCAGUGUGUUCUAGGUGCAACCAUGGUUCCUAUCAGUUGGACAGAAAUGCAAUGCCCAUUCACAGGUCAAACUGAACAAAGAAAGGUGGCUGAGGUUGAAGUUGACAAGACCUAAUAGGGGGUGUGAUGUAGGUGCUGCAAUGAUAUACAUUCUUCAUUCACCCAUUUUAAUGAGAAUGAUAGAGAUUCAAAAGGCUGAAAUUUUGGUCGUUCUAAUUGCUGUUGUAUCUUUUGAUAUAUAUAUUCCCCUGCUUCCCGAGUAGUGUUUUGCAAAAUACAAAUUCUCUAUCAUUGUUUUGCCCA